GACCGGUUCCUGCCUGGACAAUGCUCCCGGGCUCAGCUGUGCUCAAGUGUGCCUCUUAGCUGGAAGAACUGCUUCAAUCUGCUUUCAGCUGAGCAGCAAAAAUUGAACAAGGUCUUCUUCAUCUCUUUAUUGGUCCAUCCGGACUUAGAGAGGAUUGCCAAAAUAACAGAGCUUAUAAAAGGUGCCAACACCGUCGUCUCUGAUGACCUCUGCAAUCCUUUGGCAGCCCAAGAAAGCAACAUGAUUUAAUCUGCAGAAGAUCUCUCUAUCACAUCCCCAGCAACGUCUGUGCUGCUGCCUGUAUGGCUGGCUCAGCGUCCCCUGUGGGGAAUUUGUAGCAUCCAGCCACUGGCGUCUUCUCCUGGCGGAAGCUCAACCAUUUGAAGAGAAGGGGAGGGAAAAAAAAAACGAUCAGGAUGUUUGCACAUGCUGUUCUCUGCCUCCUCGCCUGGGUGUUCUGUUGAAGGACUAGGACGUCUGCACAGAAGGGAGAGCAGCGGCGGCUGGAGCUUGCCCUGUUUGGGGCUGAAGUUUCUCCAGCGCUAUGGGGGUUUGAGUGCCUGCAGAGCGCCGGGGGAGGCCAGCGGCAGGGACAGAUCGCGCUACCCGGAGCGUACGCACACAGACUUGAUUAAAAUUCAAGCCUAAUGGCCUCUGGCAUAAACAAGAUUCAUCAGCCCGGGACUUGCAAUGGAUCUAAAGCCGCUCGCAGCAGCUCGGCAGAGGAAUGCAAUCAGGAAAUGCACAUGAAAAUGUGCAAGAAGAUUGCCCAGCUCACUAAGGUGAUAUAUGCCCUGAACACGAAGAAUGAUGAACAUGAGGCUAGUAUACAGGCUCUGAGAGAGGCUCACGACGAAGAAAUUCAAUGCAUUCUUGCGGAGACAAGGGAAACAAUUCUCCGGUGUAAAAGCAAAGUUGAAGAAGAACAAUUGCUGAGAAAACGUAUUCAGGCCCUUGAAAUUGCUGUAGAACAACACAAGAGACUAAAGGAAGAAGCUUUGGCAGAGUUAACGUUGUGCAAGAAGCAGGUGGAAGAAAGGGAGCUGACAACAGAAGUGAAACAAGCACAGGCAGUCCUUGCUACAGACACGGUACAUACCAGUGCAGACUUUGAGAAGCUUCUACAUUUAAAUCAGGAUUCUGAUGGACUGCUAAAUGAAUGCAAAGCAUCUAGGAGAGAAAAUUUAGAUAAAAAAGUAAUUUUAGAUGAAAAAUACAGUGUGGAAGGACAAGUUGUAGUGAAUGACAUGGAAAACCUGAAGAGUGAGAACAAGAGACCAACUGAAGACUAUACUCAGAAAACAAGCAAGCUGCGAGCCCCUUACGAGAGAGAAAAAGAGACUUUGAAAAAGGCUAUGCAGCAGUCUAUGACAGAAACAAGUAAGAGUUGUCAGCAAAGAGAAAUGGAGCAAAGGAAGAGCUCAGAGGCUGAAGAAGGUUUUUUGCUGCAGCAGGUAAAGAAGCUGGAGGCAGACCUAGAGGAGAAAAGCCAAAAGAUAAAUGAGAGGAAGAAGCAUUCUCAGAAGCUGAAGGAGAGAAUACAGGAGCUCCAGACACAGCUAGAGGAAUUUAAAAGAAAAUCUGAGUGUGAACUAAAGCAACUAGAGAAAGAGAAAGAAGUCUUAACUGGGAAACUUCAGAACUCUUCACUUGAGGUGGCUCAGCUGAAGCAAAUAUUAGACCAACAAGCAAAAAAUUUCAAGGAGUCACUGAAGAAACAUAAUCUACAGUCCAACAAAGAAAAAGAGACGCUUUUGCAGGAUCUUCAAAACACCAUUAAAGAAAACCAGAAUGUUAAACUGCAGCUGGAGGCAUCACAUCAAAAAGUCUUAAAAAUGUUGGAGAAAAGCAAAAAUCAGGAACUCAAGGAGGCAGAAGAACGUUUGAAAAAGGAAUUUAAUGAGACUUUCAAGAUCCAACAUCAGUCUCAUAGGCUGGAAAUACAAACCUUGGAAGAGAAAGCAAAGAAAGAAUUACAUGAUGAACUCGAGCAGAUACAGAAGCAGCAAGCCCUGUUGCUAGGAUCUCUAAGGAUGGAACUCUCUGAGCAACAGACAUUGUGCACUAAUCUCAAGAAACAAAUAGAAGAACUCCAAAUGGAGCUGAGAAGUGUGAGGACACUGAAGAUGCAACAGGAAGGAAGUAGCCAGAGCCAGAUCAGAUCUCUUCAUGAUGAACUGGAAAAAUGUCAGAGUGAAAUUUCCGAACUCAAGAAAGAGAAUUUACUUUUGAAGGACACAAUGGAGCUACUCAGUGCUGAGUUGGAGUCGCAGAAGCAAGAAGCUGCACAGCUUCAGGAUAGGGAUAAACAGCACAGAAGACUUAAAGAAUUAGAAGAAAAGUCAAGAAUCUGGGAGUCCAGACCAGAAGAUACAUACCUUAUAAGUUGUCUGCAAGACAAAUUAAGUGAGAGAGAAGAGAUUAUCAAGCAGUUGGUGGAAGGAAGAAAAUUUCAGCAUUCACUUUUAGCCAACACUGAAUCUUACAGGAAUCGGUCAUUUUCUUUCAACCCUAAUACAGGAUGCUUGACUCCUUCCGUGAAGCAGCAGAAGAAAACGGUUGAGGUGCCCAGUCGUGUUGUCAGUGUGCCGAAUUUAGCUUCCUACGCAAAGAGCUUUUUGAGCUGUGACUUGAGAUCAAAAAGAAGUACUCCUCAAAUAACAAAAUCUACGAGCUUAGACCGGAGUCCUGGCUGCCUCAGGGUGGGCUCUCCAUCACCACAGUCCUCAGACAGCAGUGCUGCCACAAGGACACAUGGCAAUGAAUCACCACAAACCAAAGAUGAUCAAAGCCAAGACCCUCAGCAUCAAGAAUGGUUUACUAAAUAUUUUUCAUUUUAAAGCAAACUGUUUUCGGUACUUCUCAGAAUUACUAGAAAAGCUAUUCCUGUUUUCUUUUAGGGAAUGAUAAUCCAAUAUAUGAUUUAGGAAAAAAAAAGAUGUAAUUUCCAAAUAAUUAGGAACAACUGUACACUCUUACAUCUAAUUACUAUGGAAUUAUAGGCAUGGAUUCCAGAAAAAUGCAUUUUUUUUAACAACCUCUGUAAAAAAUGGAGAAAAAGAAAAUUCUGUUAUGUGAAGAGACUUUUUAAUCAAGAGACUGUACCACUCCACUUCCAUUACAUGAAAUAUGCAGUCUGGUCUCUGAUAUGUCCUGUCAAUCUGGCUCUAGGUGAAAAAAGAUCUUACUUCUGUAGGUGAUUUCUGUAGGUUUAUAUAUUUGCUUCGUCAGCUGUUUAAAAUAAUUCCUGCAUAUAGUAAUGUAAUUUUUAAAGUUUUUAAUAGGUUUUUGUUAAACUUAUUUUAAGCUGUACAGCAUGUGGUAUACCUCCAAGAAUAGCA